CCCCAAAAAGCCCCCCACAUCGUCGUCGGCGACCUCCGCCGCCGCGCGAUCCCGUCGAGCUCCCUCCCCCGUCGUCAUCGUUAUCCAGCGCAGCCGCCUCCGGUACCCCGGGGCUCCAUCGGGAUCGGGAUUUGAGAGGGGGUGUGACGAUGAGGGGGGAUUGAUCGCGUCAUCGGGCGGAGAGGAUGCCGUGCUGCAGCGCGGUGCUGAGCGCCGCGGCGGCGGCGGCCGCGGCCAGCCGCACGCCGCCGUGGCUGCACCGCCUCCACGCCAAGGGGGGGCUCUCCUUCCCCUCCAACCUCCACAUCGACGACCUCCUGUACGGCCAACGCCGGGGCCUACCUCCGCCACCGCCGGCGCCGCCGUCUUCUUCCGCCGUCCCCAAGGAGCCACCGCCGUCUACCAAGCCUAAGCAGCCCAAGACCAAGCAGCAGCAGCAGCAGCAGCCGCCGCCGCCGCCGCCGCAGAAGCCACCCCAAGGUAGCACCAACCCCUCCCUACCAAACCCUAGCAGCAGCAGCAACCCCCAACCUCCGCAGCUGCAGCUCUCCAACGUCGUCGCCGAUCUCUUCGUCACCCCGUCCUCCGCUCCUCUGCCCCUCCAGUCCAUCAAAGCCUUCCGCAAGCAGAAUCGGCCCCGUCCUAGGCUUGACAAGUCCUCUCGCCCCACCAAGGCGAACAAGGACAAGGCCAAGGUCAAGGUCAAGAAGCGCCGCCGCUCUGAGCGUGCCGCCGAUGCCGACGGGGAGAGGAGUGGGGAGCGGUCUGGAAGGACCGAGGUGACCGUUAUCGACACCAGCACCGAUGGGUGGAAGGCAGCCAAGCUGCUCCUCCGGAGGGGCGCUGUCUGGAAGGUGCGCGACAAGACCUCUCAGGUCUCUGAACCUGAGGAUCCCACCAAGGUCAAGAGGAGGGCUGGCUUGGUCUCAAAGAUCCAAAGGGACAGAGAGAAGCAGAAGCAGAAGGAGAAAGAAGCAAACUCUUCGGGUAACGUUCAUGCUAUUAGUGGAGAUGUGAUGAAAGAGUUAGAUGGUCCUUUUCAAGCACUGAAAAGAUCUAGAUGUUCUGAGCCAGAACCAGAAGGCCAAAUUAUAGUGUUUCCUCAUUGAAAGACUAGAAGAAUGGAUUACAGUAGACUUCCCUAAAGAUGACUUACGAGGGAAUUGAAGCCAAAUUGAAGCCAAUAAUCACAUCUUGACAACAUUGUCGGUUCUUCAAAAUGAAAAAAAAAAUCCAGUUCAUCUUACCCUGUACAUCUGUUGGUAUUUUCGAUUGAUGCCUAUUAGAGAUAUUCCAAUUGUUGAUAUCUGGCCUUCUGGAGCGUUAACCGUAUCAUGUUUGAAAAUGACACAUUGCUAUGUCAUUAAAAAAAAAGGUUCGAGGUUGGUGGUGUUUUUCGUUU